CUCAUUUUGAAACCACAUGUUUCACUAAAACAUGAUUUUUCUUUUUAAAUUUGUAGAUCAUGAAAAACAAGAAAAGGUGGUGGAGAAUAUGUAUCCGUUAAGAUACAAAGACCUACUACCAUCAGGGUUUGGGCCAGUAGAGCCAGUUUUGAAGAUCCGUGUGGAAGUAGUCAACAAAAGAACAGCUUCGGCUGUUAUCUUCAAUACAACAAGUUGUCUAGAGAGCUUAUCCGUGUCAUGGCUGAAACAAGAACUUGGAAUUGAAGUGUACGCAUUAGGACCUCUUCACGUUACACCUUCACCACCUUCUAGUUUACCGGAAGAGGACAAGGGCUGCAUCGAAUGGCUAAACAAGCAGAAAUCGAGGUCAGUCAUAUACAUAAGCGUGGGAACCGUAGCUCAAAUGGAAACUAAGGAAAAUUUGGAGAUGGCUUGGGGACUUUGUAAUAGCAACCAACCUUUUCUAUGGGUCAUUCGACCAGGCUCUAUCCUUGGAUCAGACGGGAUAGAGGCAUUGCCAAACGAAGUCAGCAACAUUAUCUCAGAAAGAGGAUACAUUGUUGAACGUGCACCGCAGAUACAAGUUUUAAGACAUCAUGCAGUGGGAGGGUUUUGGAGCCACAGCCACUGUGGAUGGAACUCAACACUCGAGAGCAUUGUGGAAGGAGUUCCAUUGAUUUGUAGGCCUUUUCAAAGCGAGCAGAAUGUAAACGCAGCGUACAUAGUAAGUGUUUGGGAAGCAGGGAUUCAGCUGGAAGGUGAAGUAGAAAGAGGAAAGGUAGAGAGAGCUGUGAAGAGGUUGAUUGUGGAGGAAGAAGGUGCAGGGAUGAGGAAAGCCUCUCUGAGAAGUGGAGGUUCUUCAUACAAUGCUUUGGAUGAGUUCGUCAAUUACUUGAAGACAAAGUAGAGAUGAUGAACUUGAUCUAUUACUAAAGACCAUUGAUCAUAUUGAAUUAUAUAUUUGGAUCAACCUUGAUAUUGUAAAAUCCACGGAGCAUAGUUUUUUUCUUUUUUUUUUAAUUAAAAACCAAUUGAAAUACGCUUUUCAUCUAUAUGUUUUUAGUUUCAAAAUCCAAUUUUGUGAGUUUCUAAAAGUAUCUGGAUAAUCUAUACAAAAAAUUUGUACAUGAUCAAGUUUAACUCUGUUUUUGGCUUUUUAGAAAUACUACCCUAUAGAUAUUGAUUAUAUUGGACAAGGUUGGUGAGUUGAUUUGGAGGCUCGCUAUUCAUAGUCAUGUUUCUUUCCAGGCAAAUAAAGUGGAUUGCAGCUUGAAAUACAACAUACUAGAAAAGGCUGCAACUUGUCUAGUGGGGAAAUCAACAAACACUUCCAUGAUCAGUCCCAAU